UAGCAACCAGAGCAGUGACAGUAGCAACGGCCGGAAUGGCAAAAGCAACAACAAUCAAAGAAGCCCUAGCCAGAUGGGAAGAGAAAACAGGACAGAAGCCAUCUGAAGCCAAAGAAAUAAAACUUUAUGCCCAGAUUCCCCCUAUAGAGAAGAUGGAUGCAUCUUUGGCCAUGCUUGCUAAUUGCGAGAAACUUUCACUGUCUACAAACUGCAUUGAAAAAAUUGCCAACCUGAAUGGCUUAAAAAACUUGAGAAUAUUGUCAUUAGGAAGAAACAACAUAAAGAACUUAAAUGGACUGGAAGUAGUAGGGGACACAUUAGAAGAACUGUGGAUCUCUUAUAAUUUUAUUGAGAAGUUGAAAGGAAUCCAGGUAAUGAAGAAAUUGAAGAUUCUCUACAUGUCUAAUAACCAAGUAAAAGAUUGGGCUGAAUUUGGGAAGCUGGCAGAACUGCCUUGCUUGGAAGACCUGGUGUUUGUAGGUAACCCCUUAGAAGAGAAACAUUCUGCUGAGGGCAACUGGAUUGAUGAGGCAACCAAGAGAGUCCCCAGACUGAAAAAGCUGGAUGGUACUCCUGUAAUUAAAGAGGAUGAAGAAGAAGAAAACUAAAACUCCAUUUUUCUACUUCAUGUUAAUUUAUUUAAAUGUCAUAAGAACAAUAGAUAAGUUUUGUAUAGUUGUCUGUUUUAAAGAUUUUAUGUGGGUCAAAAAAUUCUUAAGAAAACAAACCUUUCCCACUUCGUUUUCCUCUUAACCUAUUUA